GCGAGUGAUUCUCUCCUGGUACCUUCAGUGGCCGCUGAGACACCGGGGCGGGGGGUCCUGCCCCCACUGCCGCCCUUCCUCCUCUCCUCCGCCCCCGGAGACCCCCCUCCUUCCCUUUCUUCCUCUACCUCGGGGGGAGGGGGAGGCGGGCCCGCUUCCCGGGACACCAUGUCGGACUCUGAGGAGGAGAGCCAGGACCGGCAACUGAAAAUCGUCGUGCUGGGGGACGGCACCUCCGGGAAGACCUCCUUAGCUACGUGUUUUGCUCAAGAAACCUUUGGGAAACAGUACAAACAAACUAUAGGACUGGAUUUCUUUUUGAGAAGAAUAACAUUGCCAGGAAACUUGAAUGUUACUCUUCAAGUUUGGGAUAUAGGAGGGCAGACAAUAGGAGGCAAGAUGUUGGAUAAAUAUAUCUAUGGAGCACAGGGAAUCCUCUUGGUAUAUGAUAUUACAAAUUACCAAAGCUUUGAGAAUUUAGAAGACUGGUAUUCUGUGGUGAAGAAGGUGAGCGAGGAGUCAGAAACUGAGCCGCUGGUUGCCUUGGUGGGCAAUAAAAUUGAUUUGGAGCAUAUGCGAACAGUAAAACCUGAAAAACACUUACGGUUUUGCCAGGAAAAUGGUUUUAGUAGCCACUUUGUCUCAGCAAAGACAGGAGACUCUGUCUUCCUGUGUUUUCAGAAAGUUGCUGCUGACAUCCUUGGAAUCAAGUUAAACAAAGCAGAAAUAGAACAGUCACAGAGGGUGGUGAAGGCAGAUAUUGUAAACUACAACCAGGAACCUAUGUCAAGAACUGUUAACCCUCCUAGAAGCUCUAUGUGUGCAGUUCAGUGAGUGCAUUUUUCUUUUGUAUUGAUAGUUCUGGCUGCCCUUUGCCUCUGUGUGGGCCCUAGGACCUCUAGGAACUUGUUUUAUCAGUGACCAUCUCUGUAGUUCAGUUAACACUUUCCUCCCAACUUGCUUCAUCAUUAAGUGUUGCCUCACAGCCGCAGGCAGCUCCUUGGACUGGAAAGAAUUCAACUUUGGGACCACACACUUUGAAUUCAAAAUGGAAAGCCCAUUCUCUGAAAUUAGACUGCUUCAUUGAAAAAGAAUAAUGUUGGUUCUCUUUAUGUCCUCACUUCUUUUUUCCCUGAUGUAAAUUUUUUUAAACAAACACGAAAACUAUCCAAGUCUUGAUUAUCAGCCAGGAUUUUGCCACAGUACAGUUUCAUUCUCUUAUCUGAACUCAUACAUGGCCAAGUAUGCUUCAGAGUGCGAACAUUUAAACAAGUAAUAUAUUUUAUUUACAGAUACUUAAGAAGGCAUUCUUUUGCUAUCUAUUGUGAGUGAACAUAUAUAAAGCUGUAUCUAACUGAAAAUGCUUGAAAUAAAGCUGUAAUAGAAAUAUUUUUUUCAUUUUUUAAAAAAGGGCCUAAAUUGUCUAUAUUGUAGCUGUAGCUCACAAAGUAGUGAGUAUUUGAUAUUGUAUUUUUAUUACUGUAUCAUGGUCAUUAUGUAUUGUGUAAUAUUCAGGUUAGAUGGCUUUAUGAAUUUUGAUAAAUGUUCAGCUAAUUCUCCACAUGGACUUUCUACUGCAAACUGCUUAAGAGUACUCCCAGAAUGAGUUAUGACUAUUGUUGGAUCAUUGUGGAUCAGACUGUACCUGAUGUUCAGAUGUUUUUCUCCUGCAAAUAAAUUUAUUUAAAUUAC